AUGAAAUCUUCUCAUAUAUUUGUUAAGGGUAAAUCAAUGCCAUUAAUUGAAAUUUUCGAUACAAGACCAAUUAAAACAUCACGUAAAAUUUAUGAUCCAAAUUUUUUUAAAAAAUCUAAAAAAUAUUAUCAUGAAAUCGCUAAUCAUUAUCGUGAUUAUAAAAACCAAUCAAGAAUGUACCGAAGACGUCGAUUCCGUCGUAAAUCAAUUAAUCCACCAUUAAGAAAAUUAAUAGAAUAUAAAAAUAAUUAUUAUGAGAAUUAUCGGGAAGUAAUGCAAAUACCAUCAUCUUUGUAUCCAAGAUUUACAGAAGUCUUUCCAUUGUGUGGCCGUAAGACAUUAUGCGAAGAAAUCAAUUUAAUAACUUCAAAUAAUAAAAUUUAUAAUGAUACAAUCCAACGUAUCAAUAAUAUUGAAUCAAUUGAUGAUAUAAAACAAAAUUAUCAUCAUAAAUCUUCAUCAAUUAUAAGACCAAAAUUAACAACAUCACCACAAUCAAUAACAGAAACACAAGAAGAAAUAAAAACAAAAGCCGAAGGAACAAUAACACCAAUUAAAAUAAUUAAACAAAAUUUUGAAAUACGUCAUAGUCUUGGCUAUAUUAAAUCUGAAGGGAAACGUUUACAAACUUUUGAUAAUUUAAAUAAAAUUAAAAUAAAAGAAAAACAACAACAAAAUAUAAUUAAUCAGAAUAAUAAUAAUAAUUAUAAGACAACGAAAAAUAUAAUACCAAAUGCAACAAAAAAUUAUAAUACUAUCGUUACAAAUAUAAGCAACAGUAAUAGUACAAGUAAAGAGACUAAAAUUAAAAAUAAUAAAUAUGAUAAAUCAUUAAUCACUUCAUUAAAAUGUCAAAAGCAAAAUCAUCAGCACCAUCUAUAUUACAACAAUAAUAAUAUUGAAAGUAAUGAAAACUUUCAUAACAGUAAUAUACGAAUACGACCCACCAAUAAUAUCAUAAACAGCAAUAAUAAUAAUAAUAAUAAUAAUAUAAGAAAAAAAAUUAAAUAUAAAAAAAUUCUACAUUACCCUCCAUACUUUAACAAUAAAAAUAAAACAGCAAUACAAUUAAAAACAAAUAAAAAAUAUAAUAAUAGAAAAACAACAAUAACAAAAACAAUAUUUAAAAAUCAUAAUAAAAAUAAAAAUUAUAUUUGUUAUUAUUGUAAAGGCAUUUGUAAUAGUAAUACUGAUACUAGUAGUAGUAGCAACAAUAAUAAUACUAAAAUUCUAAAUAAAAUAAAAAAUAAAUGUAAAAAUUCUUAUUGUUGGAAAAAACUUGAAGACGAUUUAAUUCAAUUGGCUUCAGAUUGUUACGAUGAAGGGUUUCAGUCACAUUUACAUUAUUUAGAAUCGAUAAAUGAAAAAAAUGCAUUAAAUCAAAAAAUACGUCAACACCACCAUAUUGAUAAUAUAAAGCAAGAGAAAUUAAUUCAACAACAAGAAUUAUUUAAAAAAUAUAAAUUACAAUUACAACAAGAACAUCAAAAACACCAACAACAACAUUAUCAACAUCAACAACAACAAUUACCGCAACUACAACAACAACAAAUUAUAAUAAAAGAAGUACAAAAAGGAGAACCAGAAGAAGAAGAAGAAGAAAUAGAAGGAGAAAUAAAAUUAGAAUUAUUGCAACAAGAACAGCAAAAAUAUUUUAAUGAAAGUGAUUUUUCAGCAGCAACUAGUUUAAAUUGUAGUCGACCAGAGAGUGGUAAUAUAAUAUUUAUUAAUAACGGUAAAUCUAAUAAUAUAAUCAAUAGUAAUAAUAACAGUAAUAAUACGAUAAAUUGUAAUGAAAAUUAUUCAAUAAUACGGAAUAUCAAUGAUAAUAACGACAAAAAAUUAUAUACAGCUAUAAAACGUAUAAUUCAGAUACAAAAACCAUUUACUGAUAAUAAUAAUAAACGUUAUAAACGUCCUCAACAAUAUUCCGGAUAUAAUGAUGCUAAAAAAACAAUAUCAAAUUCAUCAAUAUCAAAUGAACGUCAAAUACGUAUAGACAUAAAUACAACAAAAAAUUCUCGUAAUAUAAACAAUAAUAAUAAUAACAAUAAUAAUAAUAAUAGUAAUAAUAAUAAAAUAAAUUUAAUUAACGAAAAUAUUAACAUAAACAAUAAUAAUAACAAUAAUAAAAAUUUUAAUCAAUUAAAUGUUAAUAAUCUUGAUGAAUUAUUAACAAUUACAACACCUAACGUUCAAAGAAAUCCAGAAUUAAUAAUAACAAAUAAUUUUAAUCAACAAAAUAAAAUAACAAUACCAACAUCAACAUUUUGUCGAAUGACAAAUAGUAUGAGUGAAUAUUUAUCAUUAAAUGGUACAACAGCAACAAAUAUUGAACAAUUAAAUAAUUUUAAUAAUUUAAGUGAUUUAACAAAUUUUAAAAGCAAUAAUAUUAUUAAAAUAAUACCAAAUACAAAUAAUUCUUUACAAAAUCAAAAUCAAACAAUAAUAUUUGAAGAAUUAAAUAAUUGUUGUUGUAAUAAUAUUAUUAAUUCAACAAUAAUUAAUAGUAAUAGUAACGAUAAUAAUUAUAUUAAUAAUUGUAAUAAUUUAAUAUUUAAUAAUACAAUACAAAUAUCAACAGAUCAGAUAACAUCAAAUAUAUUAACAAAUACAACAUCAGAUACAACAGCAACAACAUCAACAAAUAUAUUACCAUCAUUAUUAAAUAAUUGUAAUUGUCAAACAAUAAAAAUUGAUAAACAACAACAACAACAACAAUAUCAAUUACAUCAACAACAAAAUCAAUCAUCAAAUAAUGUUAAUGAUCUUAUAAAUACAUUACGUCAUUUAGAUAUCAAUGAUAUUAAUAAUACAAUAUUGCCUAAAAUAAUAUUAACUGAUUUUUCAUCACAUGAAACAUCAUCAAAUUCAACACCAAUUAUAACGCCAUCUAGUACUACCAAUAAUUGUAAUAAUUCAUAUGAUAUCGGUGCUAAAAAUAUACAUCAUCAACAAAUUCAACAAAAUCAUCAAUAUUUCAAUUUUGAUUUAAAUGAUAUUAAUAAACAUUUAAAUAUACCGAAUGAUUUAAAUUAUUGUAGUGAAGCAAGACCACCAUAAAUUAAUUUAUAAAUUUAAAAAAAAUAAAAAGUCAGAACUGUCAAAAAAGUCUUUAAAUAAAUAUUUAUUUUAAAUCAUAAAUGUCUAAAAAGAAAUAUUAAAUUUUCAAUUUUUAUUGUGUUUCUUCAAUUUUUAAAUGGUCUAAUUGAACUUAAUUCACCACGACUUAAACUAAAAAUAUAAAGUGUAAAAAAACGUAACUUAAAUCGAU